AUGAAGUUCUCUACCAUUCUUACUGCAUUGACAGCUGUAAUUGCUACUGUUGCUGGUUAUGAAACCAGUGGGAAACCACAUACUGUUGAUAUUCUUAUUGAUUAUAGUAUUAAAGAAACACCAGAACUUUCUCAAAAUGACGUGGCUAAUUGGGUCAAUGGGGACAAAUACACUCUUGAAUAUGUUGUUAGUAACAACGAAGAAACUGAAAUUGCUGUUGUUGGUGUUACUGGUCAAUUCAAAAACCCAGUUACUAAUCAAAUUGUUACUAAUUUAACCACUGGUCAAGUUGGUCCAAUUACUGUUGCUCCAGGUGAAUCAAUCAAAUUUGAACAAAUUGUUGAUGUUGAUUUAAUGGCUAAUAAUUAUGAAUUGUUCCCUUAUGUUUUCGUUGCUCAUGAUGAUUUAAUCAAAGUCAUUCCAUGUCGUGGUCAAUUAACUUCUGUUGUUGAUGCCACUAUUUCAUUUUUCGAUCCAAGAUUAAUCCUUUUGGAAUUGGUCUUAUUGGUUACUUUUGGUGCUGCUGCUUAUUUCAUUUAUGAAAUUUGGGGCAAACAAUAUUUGAAAGGAACUGCUCCUGUUAAAGUUCCUGCUAGAAAGAGUGGAUCUACUGUUUCCAAAAAAGGUGCAUCUGCAACUGCUAGUGGUUUUGAUGAAUCCUGGAUCCCAGAAGCUCACUUGAAAAAGAACAAGAAAAAGGCUUAA